UUUUUUAAUUUGUGGUAAAGUAAAUGGCAACACUAUUUUAUUAUUUUGGUUGGUAGCCUUGUUGAUUUGAAGGCUGGCUUUGGUUGGCUAGAUUUUAUUUCUUUUCCCAUCCGUAGCCGAUUGGUGUCGUGCUAUCCAAAUGGGCAAGCCCCGUGGAAUACGCACGGCGCGUAAGCACGUGAACCAUCGACGCGAGCAGCGAUGGGCUGACAAGGAUUACAAAAAGGCCCACAUGGGCACGAGGUGGAAGGCUAAUCCCUUCGGUGGUGCAUCACACGCUAAGGGCAUCGUACUCGAGAAAGUGGGAGUAGAAGCCAAACAGCCCAACUCGGCCAUCAGGAAGUGUGUGCGUGUGCAGUUAAUCAAGAACGGCAAGAAGGUGACAGCGUUCGUGCCGCGCGACGGCUGUCUCAACCACAUUGAGGAGAACGACGAGGUGCUAGUGGCAGGGUUCGGACGUAAAGGUCACGCUGUUGGUGACAUUCCUGGAGUCAGAUUUAAGGUGGUCAAAGUGGCCAACGUAUCACUCCUAGCGCUGUACAAAGAAAAGAAGGAGAGACCUAGAUCAUAGAUCUACUUCAUUGUGAUAAGUGCUGCCAGGAGUGGUGCGUUGUUGCUCAUAAGUGUAAAAUUUAUAAAAAUGGAAAAAUCAAGUACACAAUAAAUGUGUAUGUCUAA